AUGGCAGACAAACAGAAUGUUCAAAGCGUCGCUAGAGGACUGAAUUCACCAGAACUAAAUUCAGACGCCAGCAUCCCGUUUGUGGAUGAAGUUGAACUUGAGAAUAUAGAGGAACCAAUCAGACCAGCUAGAUCCAAAGAUGUGGAGGUUGGAGACGGGAGAAGGGAAAGAAAACUUCACGCAACUGAUUUAGGAGCAGUUCACACGGCCAAUAAAGAUACGAUAGUUGUCGAUACACCAGAAGGGACUUUAUAUAUAACUCUCGAUCCAGAAUCUUCCAAAUCAUCAAAACCUACAAGCCCCAGUACAUUAUCAACGAAUGUGUCAAGUCCGACUACAUCACACACUCCUGGAGCCCAGGAGUCCAGGGAUUUGAUCAUCGUGGAACAAGAUAUGGGACAGAGAAUGACUGGUUUAAGAAGAAAUUCGAUAUCAAUGCCGACCCUACCGAAUUUCGAGCUGCUGAAAGAAGAAACAAUCUGCGUGUAUACGCAAGGUGAUAUUCCAGAACAUCAUCAGAGCUCAGUUUCGGCUUUCAGUGACGACAAUAACGAUGUACACGAUGACCAGGCCAAAGUACCGCUUCGAUCGCCUCGUCGUAAGUCCACAGCUCCACGAAGGUUCAGAUCUGAGUUCAGUAUGGAUGAAGAUGAGUACUCCCCGAGCAAUUCAGUCACAAGUGUGAACUCACUCGCCAGUUUACUUAAGGAGAAAUUACAGAGUAUUCCUCAGAAAAUAAGAAAAAAGCCUACAGACUACAAGCUGCGCGCGUUCGUCGGACUCAUGUUUCUAGCCGUGGUGUUCUUUGUAGGGUUCGCCUAUGUCUUGUAUCACAGACAGGCCCUCACGACAGCCUACUUCGAAAGAGUACAAUUCAAUGAACCCAAAAGACUUAUUAGAGUCUACAAUCAGGAUGAUGUGGAAAUAUUGAAAGCCAGAUUGGGUGUGGAUCUUCACGGGCAGCACAAAUCAUUCCCGUGUCUGCCGCAGCAUCGCCGGCGAGGGUCUGAAUGUCGGGAGUGGCUUCACGCACUUAGACUGUACCUCACGAGCCUACCUCCAGAACAUGACAAUACUACGUGCUACUCUGUCGUCUGGCAAGCACUGUCCAAUGAUGUUACACCAAACGAUUGUUUCGACUGGGGCGACACGAAGGUUAACUGGUUUGGUGCUGGGCAGAGUCUUAAUUUAACCUGGCCACUCAACAGCGGUGCUAUAGAUUACACGCCUUUCAUCACUGGUGACAUGCAAAAGUCUCAGUUCGGGAACGUUGUUACUAGAUACUUGAUUAACUCGAAAGGAGGAGCGAUUACUGUAGAUGAAGACACUCCGUUGCAUAUUUCUGUUAACAGAGGAAGAAAAGAAAUAUGCUUGAAAGCAAAGUACGAUGACUUCGCAUUUGCUAAUAAGAUUACAGAGUUCCCUGAACUGAAAUACAAUAUAUGCACUGCGAGGGAUAUAAAGUCCUUACAUUCAUCUAUUCAUAACCACAGAAGAGCUCCUCUGUGGGACGGUCUGAAGCCAGAUGACAUUAAAACAUUAGACUCUCUUAUUUCUGAACCAGUUUGGCAAAUUGCUCCUCGAUUCAAACACGAAUUACAAGACGAAACCAUAGCCAAAUAUACCGAAGACGUUAUAAGCUUAGGAUUUUUGAAACAAGGGCACGUGUUGAUUAACGAGUUUUGGCAAAAUGAAAUUGGUGACUUGACAGUUGAUACGAGUCGGUUUGCAACAUUAAAUGUAACCGUAAAUAAACUACACAGACGAGGAUUUAAGGUCGCUUUUACAAUACAACCGUUUAUAAGUACUGAAAGUAAAAACUUCGCUGAGACGGUACAGAAAAGAUUGUUGAUUAGCGAAAGAAACAGCGACAGAAGAAUCCCAGCGUUGACCAGGUUUAAAUCUUUAGCGAGUGCGGGCGUGUUGGAUAUAACUAACAAUAGAUCUGUGCCUUGGAUUAUGGAUAAACUACAGACUGUGAUAUCCGAAUACCAUAUAGACUCUUUUUAUUUUGAUCUCGGCACCGCUUACGAUAUGCCGCAUUAUUAUCGAUGCGAACAAAAGUUGAUAAAUCCCGAUCAAUACAAGACAAUAUUCACCAAAACAUUUGAGAAGGCUUUAAACAUUAUUGGAGUAUCUUCUGCCAUUCAUCUCCCUCGUCCACCGAUUUUCGUAUCAUUGCCGCCGUUUGAAUCUACUUGGGAAGCAUUAAGACUGGUGAUACCAACGAUGUUGACGUAUGGCAUAAAUGGUUUCCCAUUUACGAUGCCGGGCGCAGUGGGAGGAGAUAUAUAUUGGCCUGGAAGCGAACAGUUCUUACCAUCAGCUAAAGGAGCCGUAGAAUCAAACUUGAACAGUACAACCCAGGAGAAUGGUAUCGAGUUACCAGAAAGAGAAUUGUACAUGAGGUGGCUGCAACUAGCAACCUUCUUACCUGUCAUGAAGUUCACUCACCUGCCAAGCAAGUACAACGAUGUCACUGUCCUGGAAAUGGCUAAAAAUCUAACUCUGCUGCGACAAAUGUAUGUGACGCCUUUGCUAUUAAAAUACAAGCGUGAGGCUCUAGAGGAAGGUCUGCCGUUGGUGCGUCCGCUGUGGCUGGUGGCAGAUGCUGACGUCACGCCCGCCCUCGACGAAUUCGUUAUUGGAGAUGAGAUCGUGGUCGCGCCGGUUGUUCAUCAAGGACAUACCACGAGAGAAGUGUAUCUACCAGCUGGUCUCUGGCAGGACGGUAUAGAUGGUUCAUUGAGGAAAGGAAAUCGUUGGAUGCACGACUACCGCGUGCCAGCUACCAAGGUCGCGUACUUCCUUAGGAAACCUGACGACUUAAGCUAUAUUAAUACGUUCUAUUUAUAUAUUAUUGAUACGAGAAAAUGUAUUGGUAAUGAUUAUUGUAUUGUAUAUGAGAUUAAAGAUUCACCAAUAAAGUGA